UCACUAGCUUUACUGAUUUGUUGACGUUGUAGCAGAUUAGACAUAAAGGUAGCUAGCUACCUUUUCGCUAAAGUAAUGCAAUAAGUAAUAAGCCUUUUUUCCCCUUCUGUAUAUGAAACAGCCUACUAUGUUUAAACUACUUUAUGUUGGGUGUACAAAGGAAUACAGUAACUAUAUUGUUUUUUUGUUUUAGUUUAGCUAGCUACAUAUUGCUAAGUUAGUAGUGAUAACAGUGCAAAUGUUUCAAGUCAGUUUUGGAGUUACUUUUAUCAAUGUCAUCUUCACAUUGUAAUGGCUGAAGUUGUUAAUACACCAAUAAAGAUAUAUACUAAACAUGCCACUUUACCUAAAAAUGAAAUGCUUUGUCGAUUAUGCUGUAUUGUCACUGCUCAAAGCCAUGUGACAAAAAUGUUUUUCAAAAAGUGGAGAAAAAAUUUACCUACUUUUUAAAACUGAGCAAACAUGUGGGAUGAGAGUGUCACAAGAUGAUGGAAUGUCUGAUGCUAUAUGUCGUAAAUGUAUAUCGUUUAUUCAAAAAAUGCAUGGAUACCGAUGUCACUGCCAAAAAAAUCAAAGUUUACAUAGACAAAAUGUUUCAGUUAAACGUUGUGCAGUUUUUUCAAUACCACAUCUGUGCCAAAAAAGAAGCUUUUUGAAAAUAAACCUGCUCUCUGUGAUGUCACAAACAUACAAAGAAAUAAAGAAAAUUGUGAAAAUUCCAUGGUAGACUUUGAAAGUAAAAUGUUGCUGGAGGUUGAAAGUGAUUCUGCAAAACUUUGUAGGAGAACUAAACCAUCAUACUUACAUGAUACAAGCUACAAUGGCUUACAGACAUUUGAUUUCGAAAGUUUAUGGGAAGAGUUUGAAUCAAAUCAUUCUUUAUUGUUAAAAAUUUUGCUAACAAGCACUGGUAAAUUACACCAACCCUUGAGUAAUAGUUUAAAAGUUAAACUUUGUUUUGUCUAUUCAGUGUUAAUGCAGAUUAGAUGGCUUGAAUUAAGUCGACUACAAAGAAUUAACACCACUAUUGCUGUUGAAGGAGGUUGCAGUAGACAGGUAUUAUAUAUACAACUCUAUUUCAACAUACUUUAGUUUUUAUCCAAAUCAAAAUAUCAAGAAUAAAAAAGUCUAUAUACAAUUAAAUUAAACUUCAAAAAAAAAUCAAAAAAUCAAAAUUAUAGUAACAUAACAUAAAAGCAGCAAUAAGUUUUACCACAUGUACACAAAUUUUUAAUAAGAAGCUUAAUUAUUAUGAAACAAAAGGCUGAGAUUAUAUAGGCAAUUUUAACUGCUAACUCACAAAGUAUUGGGAAAAUUGAAAAAUCAAAUUAAUUGGCUGUGAAAAGCAUUUUAAAGGCUUAAAGGAGGGGUCAGCUCUAAACCGUUCUAAAAAAGUAUCAAACUAAACCUAAAAAGUAUGACCUAAACCUAAAAAAUGUGUUAUAAAGUAGCUUUAUCAAAACCUUAAAGAAAGAUUUUUAUAUUGGCUUAGAUAGACUAGAGGUAAAUUAAAUACUUCCAAUUCGUUUAUUUGAUAUUACAUACAUAUACAAUUUUUAUAGUUCCAAAGAAGAUUAAACCAAGUUGGAUUUUGCUUAUCGGAUUCAAUGCGCGAUGUUUUAUAGCAGGUGAUCAUUUUAUGGAAAAGGCUGUUAAUAUUAUCAGAAAUGGUGGAUCUUUGCGUGGUACAUCAGAUAACUUGGAUAUGAGGGUGCUUGUGGCUACAAAAAAAAAAUGUUGCAAAAACGACCACCACAUGAUGGCCAGUAAUCUAAUUGAAAAUCGAAUACCAUUGCAACAUCUGUCUAAUGAUAUUCCUUUAAUCAAAAGUGUACUUACUGCAUCACCAAAUUUGUUUAUGCCAAAUGUUCAAGAAUGACAACAUUAUGCUGACACCUCGAAAAUUUUAAUUGGGAGAAUAAUGUUGGAAUUUCUUUCACAAUUUAAGUUUUUAAAAAACGUGCUGGCAGUGUAUUUACUUCACCCACAUAGUGAAUGCAUGAAACAAAAAUCAACCAUUAUUUCCAUGCCAAUUAUUAACGCAAGCGAAUCAAAAUAUUCAGACUGUGUUGAAAUUCUUAGAACGUUUGAAAAUUGGAUUGCAGAAAUCUACUAUCAGGCGGGACAGAGAAGUUACCAGACCCAUAGCAGUCACCAAAUACAGUAGAUGUUGACUAUCAAGCAGAUCCUGGUCAGACCAUUCGUCAUGUUAUUUUUACUGAAGACGAUCCCAUGAGGGAAAUAAAAAUACCUUUUUCUGGAGACCAGCUCAUAAGAGUUCGGCUUGCUGGUACAAAACACGUUCUUGGUGGAGCACACACACCAUCUGACCGUUUAGAGCACUCUCUCCAUUUAAAUCUGUGAUGCUCCAUUUAAAUCAUCCAUCUGCUCCAUUUAAAUCUGUGAUGUGGCAUUGCAAAGCGUCACUAUUGCAGUACAGUUAUUCCCUGCUUUAUGCACCUGAAUCAGUCAAACAAAUUGGAACUCUCAAAUAUUUCAGGGAAAAGUAUAACCAAAAGGAUACGAAACCGUCUAAAGUAUUAGAUUCAUAUGGAGGUAGUAAACAAUUAUUUUUAAGUACGGGUCGUGCCUACAUAAUCGUCGCAUUAAUGAAAUUUCUGGAUAUAAGCUCUCUAGAAGACAGACCAUCAAAUUAUCCGUUUCCAGUCAACAUGACACAUGACAAAGAAAGCAAAGAAGGUAUUUUGAAAAUGUGUUAGGUACAUUUGUUCAAAAUUUUUUGCUCCAAAAAAAUCCAAAUGUCACAGGGGGGGAUGGUUAUGUCAAGAACUAUGGGUUGUGUUCGAUUUUUCUUACUAUUUUAAUUGCAUGGUAUGACGUCAGGAAGAAGUUGAAAAAUCAACGACUUUCCAUAACCCGCAGGAAGGACAGCUACAACAUCCCUGCCCUUUAAAAGAGCUUCAAAACAUUGAACUUAUUCAGGCUUAAGCAGUGAGAAGGAAAACCUUCGUGCAAAUUAAAUACAAAAUCCAAACGUUUCAACACAUCCAUCUUUUGGGUAUCUCCUAUCUCGCUUGUAUUAAUGUGUCUCUGUUAAAGCUUGAGACGAGCGUCAAAUUUGAGUCUCAUUAUCUCUGGAAUUUCAAAAAUGCCCAGUAUAUCUGGGCAUUUUUGUAUCACAUAACCAGCCUGUUCCAGGGUCAUUGUUGGCCACUCCGAAAUAACGGCUCAGGGGCCACAAGACCCUGGGGACGAGGAUGCCAGGUGGAGAGCGGCAGGACAUGUAUUCGGUAUAUCACAAAUUCAGUGAAGCGCACAUAGUAUUAUAGCGUCUUGAUUGUAAUGUCUUUCUCAAAAACUAACUUUACCGCAAUUUCAGCAUCAAUAAAAAAGCUAUCGAGCUGUUGUUACCCCGUCAUGGCAAGAAGAAACAGACCGUCUGUACUCUGUGCAAGUAAACAAAAGUAAAAUUCAUCGUCACAAAACACAUCCUAUUGCCUGCCGUUACAAAAUUAAUUUUGGAUAAACAAUAAACCCUGAGUAACAAAGGUUAACCGAUACUUUUGUUUCAUUGAAUUAAUAAACUUUAGACUUUUGUAACACAGUAAAAAAGGUGAAGCUACCUAACUGUAUUUAGCAUAAGAAAGAAAAACCUUGCUGCAAUCAACAGUAUUUGACUAUUUUUACUUUUAGCUAGAUGUAGCUAAACACUUGGAUUUUUUGUAUGAAAUGGAUUGGAAUUUUAGGGAUUUGCUCUAACAUUUAUUUGCCUCUAUGCUUUCGUUUGGAAGAAAACAAAUUUGAUAUCCUCAAGGAAAGCUUAGUUAACCAGGCUAACCCAUGGUAAAUUAAUUAGCAAGACAUUGAUAAGAAAUAUUUUAUCACUACUGAGAAAAUAUCAAUCAUAUCAUUACAGCAGGAGCUAACUGGAAGACUUUGGACACAAUAAACAACUAUUGUAAAACAAGCAAACAACAUACACUUUUUUAUAAAAAAGCAAUACACAUGGGUUUUUGGUCAGAGUUAUACAGCUGCGUCCCAAUAUUUCUAGCCAUUUCGUCACUACGUCACAUACCGAAAGUUAGCUCAAUCAAAUAAUCAAACAAAAGACAGACAUACAGACAAACUUUUGCAAAAAGAAAGAUAUAUUUUUAAUUUCGAACAAAUAUUGAGUCGAUGUAGAUCAAGAUUAUUUUCACGGGAGGCAAGCUUUACUAUUUUCAAAACAAUGCUUUUUUUCUUCUUGCCAAAUCUCUGACUUUUAACAUCGCCUUUGCCGAGCGUUAAGAAACCUUUGAUCGGUCCGUCACUUUAAAAUAGAGGACAAAAUGUGUAAAAAUGUUUCUUUGUAUUUUUCGUCGUGGAUUCGUGGCUCGCUAUUUCGUGGAUGGGUUAGCACGAUGCGGUUUUCGCUGAUAAACAGACAGAAUGCGGAUAUUAUUUAUAUAGAGAUGCCCUCUUUUUAUAAGUGAUUUAUUAUAGACAUAAGCAGGGUUGAGAUGAUUGAGAUGGGAUGAUUUUUUAAGCGUAUUAUAAGCACAGUCUUUAACAGCUUAAUUAAAACCACUAUACUGCUCAACCUUGGCCUUGAACAAUCAUGUAUUUUUAUAGCUAAAAACAUAACCAUUUCAUGUUACCCAUAUAACGCAUAAAGCAACGCUUGCCAAGUUUUUUUUUUUUUUUUUAAUAUAUAAGCAUAUCGUGAGCAUACUCUCAACAAGAUUGUGAUUUUUCGCAUAAGCAUAUCUUGACCUGAUUUUGGAUUUUUACUUGCUUUUUAUAAAAAAAACGUGUACGUUUUCUAAAAUGUACAAACAUGUAUAUACAAUCGUUCGCGAAAUUAAGUAAGAAUAAAACUAACAUACACAUUUCGUGGUGUCAUACAUCCAGUAGCAUGCUCUUUGUUCUUUUCUAACAGGAUAUUUUCCAUCACUUUCUGUCGUAGCUAAAAUUGUCGUAGCUAAAAUUACCAUAGCUAAAGCAAUCACCUAGCAUUCUUUGUCUUGCAGGUCAAAUUCGUUCUAUAUAUAUUCGUGGGUAAAAAACAAAAAAAAAAAAGAUGCAUAUCACUUUAUCAAAGUCAACCAUUGAACCAUUGAACUCAUAACUCAGUGAACAUUUUGUAUGUAGAUAGCAAGCUAGUUGUCUCAAGAGAAUUUAUGCUUCGCUUUAUAAACAAAUCGACAACCCGAUCGUCACCCAUUAUAAUUACUAUUGCGGAAAGGUUUUUAGCGUUUCUUAAUUUGCUUAACAUUAUAUUGCGAUUUUGGAGUCUCUUCGCAAUAUUAAAUUCCAUAAAAUGGCACUUUUUCGAGCAAAUCGCGAACAUAAGUUCCACAAACUAUUUUAAAAACCAAUUUUGGAAGUUGCCAUGGGAAACUUGUUACUAAAUGUAAUCCUAGAAAAAAGUAGUAAAAGAUUUGCUAGGAGUUUAAUUUUACAGAUACCCUGCAAAACAACUUACUACCAUGAUGCAGGGUAACUUAAACAUACUUUAAGUAAGUAUACUUAUAGUAUUCUUAAUUCGACUUCGCUGGUUGUCUUGACUAAAGGUACCAUUCGCAAAAUUAUUCCGUUUUAAGCUUCAUUUCUCUUUGUAAAUAAUUUCCACUCUACGUGGCCCUGAUUUCGGUCUCAGAUGUAGCAAAAGUGGUGCACAUCAAAAUGUUGUCCAAUAUUGACUAAAUUGAGAUACUUAUAGCUAAUGUAAAUAAUCACAGUGAGCAACAAUGUAUUAAAUAAUACUUGAAUGUAUUUAACACCUUGUUCGCUAGCUAUAGAAUAUAAUAUAGCUACAAUUAUGUCCAAAAAUAUAGUAAGAAAGCAAGCUUUCUUGAAUUCUUUUGACUAUUUUUUAUCUGUUUCCUUCUCCCCCUGUUACAGAGUUGACUGUAGCAUAUAUCUUUGGCGGCUCAUACAUAUAGCUAUCUUUAUUGAUUUCCGAGGCAUAUAUAAGCCUUAAAAGUUUACCAAUUAUGCGGAAUUUUAGCAACUUAGAUGGUGAGAAAAAAUUGUUGGUAUAAAAGAUAAUAAAGAUAAAUAAAUAAUAACAUUAUAUAUGUAAAUAUAUUCGAAAUGUCAAACUGGAUAGGUGAAAACAUAUUUACAUCACAGCACACCUUGAUAAACCGUUAUAACAACACUUCUUCAAAUACACGACGUCACACAUUAAUCAGCAUAAUUAUCGAAACUUCUAAGAUAAAAAUCUUGAGAUAAAAUAAAAAGAUUCACAAGCAACUUUUCAAUCUCUUUGAUAUGAAUCCAACUUGUAAAAUGUUAACAACACAAAAAGCAAGUUUGUAAAUAUAAAGGUAGCUGGACCGUUGUGUAACAAGCGUAAUAUUGAUCAAUACUGCAGAUUCUUAGUAAGAACACUAUUAGUAAGAAGAUAAAUUAAAAGCUCAGAUUACCAAUACUUCCCGGCCCUUCACCAUUGUUAAUAUUUUUCUUCUAACAACACCUCACCCGCCCCUCCCCUAGCUCCCACCCACGCGUUUAUUCCAACCCUCCAUUUUAUGUAUGCAUGUAUUUUUCAUUCAUUUAUUGAUAUGUACACAGUAUUUAACUCAUUUGCCUGUAAUCAAAUAAAAACAGUUUAUCCAAGUAAAGAAAUUAUUUCGUUAAUUUUUGUUUUAAUUUAAUAAUUUUUGUUUUGAAAAAAGAAAAUCUUACUUUACCCGUUCGCUCUGAUUUAGUUAUAAAAAUCUCUGCAGUAACUUACAGUUCAUUCAUUACAAGCACUUCCAAAUACAAAUAAGGCUUUAUAUAUAGUGUCUUACUACCUUCUACUUAUUUCAUCGUAAGUGGUUAUUUGUUUCCCAUUCGAACGCUUUUGAACGAUGGCCCAGGUGGUUUCAUAUUCUUCUUCGCCAAACCUGAUUGGGCUAUAUGCUUAAGUUUAAAUUGUUGUGUUCACCCAGUAUUUCUGUCGAAGCUUCUAAUAAUGUUUGUUACCGCAACUUAGCAGUAAUGGCUACAAGGUGGCCGAUACCAAAUACGGUGUGGGCGGCAGCAAUUAGAGGGCGGCCGGUAGCGAUUACAGGGCGGCCAGUAGAGAUUCCACAGCGAGCGGUAGCAAAUACGCGGUUGGCGGUUGUGACUACGGGGUGGCCGGUAGCGACUACCGGGUUGGCGGUUUUAUUGACACGAAGUGCGAUACUAACUUUUCUUUCCCAAUUCGCGACACUACAACCUAAGUUACACACUUGCAAUAAAACAACAGAAACAUGUAUAUAAGUAAAAUGACAUAAAAAAAACUAAUUCUGCAAGCCUGAUGCCGAACGGACAAUACAUUUUACGUAAGUAACAAACGCAAGUAAAAGCAUAUAAUUACUAAAACACAAACUUCCCUAAAUUUCACCUAUACGUACAAAUACGGUACAGAUACCUUACAAUCUGACGAACAGAAACUUAUGCACGCGAAACACGACAAGUACGCUAUACCCAAGAGAGAUAAAAACCCAAUAAAACAUCGCACACAAUAAACAAAGACAAAAUAAACAUUUAAAAGUAUUUACAAAAAACGCAGAGAAAGAGAACCAGAGAAGAGAAGUAGAGUUUGAGGCCUACUUGCGCUCAAUACAAGAACAAUGCUGUUUUCUGGACUUUAUGUUUUAAUGCGAAACUUUAUAACAUUGGUUGUCCCCUUAUAACCUGAUUACUAGGAAAUCAUAUUGAAAUAAGAGUGCAAAUACAAGCAGAUGGCAUGCCACGCCCAUUUUCAGAAACUCCAUCUCAUAUUUUUUCAAUUUUGUUAUGUAUUGGGAGUUUUCUUCAUUAGUUUUCUUUAUUUUAGGUUAAAAAAUUAUAAAUAUUAAUUUGCUUCAAAAAUCACGCCUAUUUACGUUCCACAAGAUUUUCUAUUUUAACCGUCUUUCGAUCCAAACGAGUUAAAAAAAACCAAAACCGAAAGUUCGCAAAAUAGACAACACAUUUGAUUUAAAGAGCGCAUCAAUAUUUUUCGGACUUUUGUCCAUUUGGAUAAUUGGGUAAAUAAACCAAACAAUUCAUCUUUGAAAACUGAAAUUUUACAAAAAAGGCUGACGUAAGUGGUAGUUAUUACUAACAAUAAUCAAUUGAGGCAUGAUUUUUAAUUGUCGUGUGACAGACAUUACAAACUAAUCACAAGAAAAGUUACGGCAUUCCUCACUCCGCACUUGUUCAUUAAACCCUGGCAUAAAUAUGUUUUUGUAAUUGGUAUAAAAUGAGUAAACUUAUCUAAUAAAAACCUUUUACCAGGUCUUCACGGUGUCAGUUUUUUUUGUCAAAAUACAAUGAAAAUAUACCUAAGUAUAUCUCAAUGGUGGUGUACAGCAACACAUUUACAAUUUUUAGUGAAUGACUCGUUUAAUAAGAAAUAAAGUAUUUCGAAGAAUAGAAGCAGUGAUAUCUCAAAGGAAGAAUCUACUGAUUGCAAUAGUGGAACCUUACCGCAAACAAACAAUCUUAUAUAAUUUCGUGAUCAUUCUCUCAUUGCGAAUGAUUCACCUUUCCGUAGGAUGGGGAAAAUUUGUACUACUUUUUAAAAAAAGUUUAAAUACGAAAUUUUAGUUAAUGUUUAAAAAGUUAAAGAUAAAGAUAAUCUUAAAAUAGGCGUUAUCGUGUUCAAACAUAGAGGUUGUUGUUUCACCUGAUCCUGUGUCAAUACAUUUGUAUAAUCUUAUGUUGGCAAACAAUACUUCGUUUUGCCACAAGGACGAACUUAAGUUUUAGAUUUCUCUCACGAUUUCUUUAACUGUGAAUCAAUAACGAGGAGUUAAAAAAGAAAUACUGGGAACUAAUUUGAUUUUAUUUUCACAUAAAGAGAAGUACGUAUCUGUAGCAAAUUAUUAUUAUCGUUUUCAUUCCUUCAACAUGAAUGUUUUUAUAUGUUUUUUUGCUGUGGUUGGCCUAUGCUUGAUGUGCGGAACCUCCGGUUUGCUGUUUGGAAGUAGCAAAAAGAGAAGUAACGAGGAAUCCUUUUACACUUGCAAGCAUUUAUUGCUACGAAACCCACCUGUAUAUUCUGGAAUCCAGCAUAUCAGUAUACCAUCAGGUUAUCAUGAAGUCUAUUGUGAGAUGGGAAUAAACGGUGGCGGGUACACCUUUAUUUCUAACACUUUACUUGCCAAAAUGACACAGGAAGACUUAAAGUAUCUUUUUCGCAACCAGACAGAUGUACUUCUGCGAAUAUCAAUGCCUGACAGCACUCAGCCUUACACUAUUGUUCGUCAGUACAAAAACACUGGAGGUCUGCGCACGUAUUUGAACAAGAACAAUGGAAACCCACCCUGGAAUAUCCAUAUGGGGAAAUAUAUUUUUAUAGACGUGAUCUCAAGUGGGAUUCAGGAUAAAGAAGUGACUGGUUUCUUUUCGAACACGAAUCUAGUGAAGUUUAAAAACUGCAAUUAUAACACCAGAGGUUUUUUCGCAUUCUUUGCAAAUCCAAACGAAAAGCAACCUUCGUCAUUUCAUGCUAACAACUUAAUAUACGAACAACAAGGUGUGGCUGUUGACUGGAGAACUAGUGCGCGACGGCCAUACUCCGGGCGAAGAAUGCCAUUGAAUUACUUUCUUUUCACUGAAAUGCACUUUGGUGGUUGUGGUGCCUACACGUCCAGUGACAGAUGGAUGACGUCAAAGUAUCCCGCUCUUGGAACCGCAGUUGGUUUGAGAUAAAACUUUGUAGUAUGAAUAUUGAACAAUUAAAUCUACUUUACGUGCUUUUCAUUAUAUGAAUAAUACCUUCCCCCUUAGCAA